GGACAAUUAUGUUUACUUCCGGGUCGUCUCCGAUAGCAACAAAACUGAGAUACAGCCACAGAACUGUACGAGAACAGACUGGGUAGAUUCGAAAUAUGGCAGGGGAGGUGGAGGAUGAGAUACCUGAAUCUGGAGCCGUCUUCACCUUUGGUAAAAGCAAGUUUGCCGAUAAUGUACCCAGCAAAUUUUGGAUGAAAAAUGACACACCGCUGAGAAUCUCCUGUGGGGAUGAACACACAGCGUUGAUAACAGACAAUGGGAAGCUGUAUAUGUUUGGCAGUAAUAACUGGGGCCAGCUUGGCCUUGGAACAAAGACCACAGUGAACAAGCCCACUUGUGUGAAAGCCUUGAAGAGUGAGAAGGUGAAGCUUGCAGCUUGUGGGAGGAAUCACACAAUGGUGUACACAACUCGGGGGAACGUGUACACGGCUGGGGGUAACGGCGAGGGUCAACUGGGCCUUGGGGACUGCGAGGAGAGGACGUCCUUCCAGCGGUUAGACUUCUUCAGCAGCCGCAGUCCUAUUAAAAUGCUAGCAGCAGGAUCCAACACCUCUGCGGCUCUCACAGAGGAAGGGAGACUGUACAUGUGGGGUGAUAACUCAGAGGGUCAGAUUGGCCUGGGGACUGAGGGUGGUGCUCUGACCCCUCAGGAGGUGACAGUGGGGAGACCUGUGUCCUGGGUGUCCUGUGGAUACUACCACUCUGCCUUUGUCACCGCUGAUGGGGACCUGUACACGUUUGGAGAAUGCGACAACGGGAAGCUCGGCCUACCUCCUGAAUUGCUGGACAGCCACAGGGUCCCGCAGAUGGUGCCUGCGAUUUCAGACAGGGUCAUCCAGGUGGCCUGUGGAGGCGGGCACACUGUGGUGCUCACAGAGGAUGACGUGUACUCGUUUGGGCUCGGUCAGUUCGGGCAGCUGGGCCACGGGACCUUCACCUUCGAGUCCCCGCUGCCCAGAGUGGUGGAGCACUUCCGGAAGGGCCGCGUCAAGCACGCGGUCUGCGGAGAGAACCACACUGCGGUGAUCACAGACAAAGGCCUUCUCUACACGUUUGGGGAUGGACGGCAUGGAAAACUGGGUUUGGGGGAAGAGAAUUUUACCAACCAGUUUAAGCCAACGCUUUGCACACGUUUCCUGAGAUACUAUGUGCAGAUGGUGACGUGCGGUGGCUGUCACAUGCUGGUGCUGGCCACGCCCAGGCCCAAAGACGCGCAGGACUUGUCUCUAGAGGAGGACGAUGUAACUGAGAGCUACCUGGAGAAGUCUUACACGGAGGUCCUGGGGGACAGCACUGUCUCCAGCACCCUCAACCGGAGCCUGUCCGCACGGGUCAGGCGUAGGGAGAGGGAGCGAUCUCCAGAGCAGCAUACGAUGAUGUUCCGAACCUUGCCACCUCUGACCUCCACCAACCUGAAUUCCUCCCUGCCCACGGCCAGCCGGACCAUCCCCCCCAGACGCCUCCCUCGGGACCUGCCUGAUGGAAAGAUCCGGAAUGGCAUUCACCGCAUAAAGGACCUCGUGUCUACUAAGAAUGAAAAGUUGGAAAACUUGCGUCUUGUAAAAGCCACAAGUGAGAAGCCCCCUGUUGGUGAAAAUGCAGAAAACAAUGAGAGCUUGAAAGAUUUCGGGAACACCACUGACCUGCUUAACAUGACCCAUGUGAGGAAGAUCGACCCCAGGGACAAUACUGCGACCUUCUCUCCUGUUCGCAAGGAGAAGGAUAUUAGGCACAGGACAACUGAGGAGAGUGAGGAAAAUGAAGAGGUUGAGGAAGAUAGAGAGGAAGAAGAAAAGGCGGAAGAAGAAGAAGAAGAAGAGGAGGAGGAGGAUGAGGAUGAGGAUGAGGAAGAAGAUGUAGAUGAUGAGGUGGCGGAGAAGGAAAAUGAGAAGGAAACCAAGGCACCUCAGGAUAAAUCUAGAGAUACGGGCACACGACCAGUUCAGGACGGGGACCGUUCUCUCGGAACUAAAACCCAGGAAUCUGAAGUCAUAAAAGAGGAAACAGUUGUGGAUGGUGUGCAGAAAGCAUCUGAAGUUGAAGAGAAUAGUGCUUCACAAACACAAGUAAAGCCAAACUCCAAUAACAGAUCGGAUAAUGGGACAAAAGAGGGGAAAUCACUGGGCCUUUUUGGGACUACUCGAAAGAUCGCUCUGUUCAAACGGCCAUCAGCGUCCAUGCGAGGCAAGCGGGAGGGUGAGACUACGGUUGGGGGUGACGGUCAGGAGAGGAGACCAGCUGAUGGCCCGUCCGGCCAGGAGAAGAGCGAGGAGCUGCUGGGGAAGACUGGCCGCAGUGACACUCAGCUUCUGCCUAGAGGGCAGCAGAGAGCACCGGGUGGCAGGCCAGGCUCCCACUCCGCAACCUGCGCUCUGCUCUGACCAGAGGAGCCACGGACCCACGUAUUCAACUCCAUGUGCCUUGUGGGGAAAGAGUAAAACAAAAAGCCACUUUCCUGGACUGUUCAUGACUACAAUGUAAUUAUUACAAUCGGUGGUGCUGUUUCAACGAUUGAAAGCAUAAGAUCGUCCUGCUAAAUCCUGCAAAGUCCUUAAGUUUGUAAGCAGUUGCACAUUAGUCAUUCACAAAACUGAAGACAUUCUGGAAGAUCAUAAAAUCCAACCAUAAUUCAAUGGUGACCAGUACCCAUUACCCACAGAAAAAUGCACUACUCUUUUAAUGCUUUUUUUGUUUUGUUUGAUAUGGGUUUGUGUAAACUGUAUAUAUGUACAAUACCCAAGAACAGUGGUCAUUGUAUAGGUUAGUGACUCGUGUAUGCUGUAUUUUUUUAAUUGUGAAACUUUUCAAGAGGACAGAUUUAUUUAUACUGGAUUUGAACAAUCUUGAUGCACAAUGGCACUUUAUACUUUGUAUUUGAUCCUUUUUCAGGGAAACAUAAUUAGAAUUUUUGCUUUUGUUUGUGACCAGUCAAAAAGUAUUUUUGAUUAAUCAUCUCACAAAUUUAUUUAUUCCGUUUGGAUGCGUUUCAUUGUGGUAACAGUAAAAUACUUAAUACUCAAUUCACACCAUGCUUGUUCUAUUUUAUUCUGCUCUUGAACUCGACACACAGUGAGUGAUAUCGAUACACAGUGAAUGCUAGGCUAGGUACAGGCAUGCGGUUAUCCCUUUUUAUUUUUCUCUCAAAUUU